UUCGAACUGCAAGUUCUCUAUCAUGAAUAGACAUCCCGUCGGCACGUAUCGCGGAACGGCAAAGUCCACCUUUGUGUGUAUCUCGAGAACAAGCUUGCAUUCCGGUGCCUACAGGAUCCCAGCUCAGCAAUGCCCGGCGAACGACCACGCUAUAUCAUUGUUCUUGGCGCAGGAGUAGCAGGUCUCACAACGGCGCUCGCGAUCCAAGAGAAAGCUACCUACCAGGUUUCUGUGAUCGCAGAGACAUUCCAAGUGACCCCAAACGACCAGACUACACGAGUCCUUGGGCGGUACGCUGUGCCAUAUCCUGUAUUUAACAGGCUCUUCACGCAGAUCUCAGGGAGCGCAUCAGGCGUUGCACACAGGCAAAGACGAGAGAGAUCAACGGCUCGAACAUGAUACUUUCAAGGUGAUGUGGGAGCUUGCAGGACAGGGUGGUUCUGCGGAGCACUGCCUGCGCCGUAUCACGGAGCGUGAAUACUUUCGGGACGAGCUGAA